GUUGGGGAAGCCCUUGUACCUGCAUCGUACCUUUUACCUGCACGAGCCCGCGGAAGCGUCAAAUCCUGCAAGACGCCGUUCUGCCGAAAAUCGCCGACGGGCCGGGAAACCCCGCGCCACCCAAAUGGGUGCGCUCAGAGCCCGCGCGGCUGCGCCUGCAAGUGAGACUUAGUGAGCUCUGACCGUUAGACCUCCGCCAAGGAGACCUCUGCUGCGCUGCCGGCUUUGGUACGACCGUCACGGGCACGUAGAAACAGUACGCGGCUCAACAGCAAACGCCGUCCAGAAUCGACAGCGGCCGCUAUUGGGCAGGCAGCUUUUUGCCCCGAAAGGACAACGUCCGCGGCGACACCGACAGCGAGCCGUGCUCAAAGUGGGCAGCAGCUGCUGCCGGCCUUCGCCACCACGCAAGUGGAAGCGCGCACGAGAAAACACGAAAGCGGCGGCCCUGCACCGAUAGAUCAGGCCCGCACCCUCUCAUAAGUGUGGGUGCUUCGAAGAAGCCCUCCACCCUCCCUUCCCUGGAGAACACGCCCAUCCUCCGCCCUUCCGCAGCCCCUGGGCCCCAUGGCGCCCGCGCCCGGAGCCACCGCUCAGCGCCCAGCGGACUCGCGCCCUGGGGCUUUCUUGCGCAGCUUCGGCAUCGCGUAGGAGUUGUACCGGUUGUCCUUCCCGAUGUCCAUGGUCUUCUUGUACUUGCGGUAGUACUUGGUGAGCGUCGACCUCUUCGGGGUCCUCGUCUUCCACUUCUUGAAGAUGUACCUCGUCGCCCGUGGCACGGGCUCGUCCGCCAGGGCGUCCAGCAGGUCCUGGGAGACCCUCGCCGUGGGCCUCUGCCAGGUCCGCGUCGGCGCUGCCCAACAGCGGCGAGGCGGGCCGGUGGCCGCCGCAGGCGACCACGAAGGCGCGCGGCACGGUCUGCGCCGCGAGCAGCAGAAGCCCUACUGCGGCCACGAGGCGCGUCGAGGGUCGCAUGGCGGCGGCUCCGGCGGCGCGAGCCGUGCAGUCGCAAGGGGCGCGGCGGCGAGGGGGUCGCACGCCCGAUGUGGGCCCUGAGCCAACAUGGCU